AUGGAUGAAUUCGAUUUCGAUGACUUUGAUUUGGAUUAUGGAUUAAACAAUUUAUUUGAUUUUGAUAAUGGAUUGGAUGCUGAAUUGUAUUCAAAUGAUGGAUUAAACUAUGGAUUGCGUGUGGAUGAUAGAUUGAACCGUGAAUUGGACUCGGACGAUGGAUCCAACCUUGAAUGGGAUUCGGACAAUGAAUUAGAUUUUCACAAUGGAUGGGACGAAUUCUUAGAUUUUGAUGACAGAUUCGAAACAGAAAACCAAUUGCAUCCAAUUAUAUUUCGGACAAUUCCACGGUACUCUAUUCCUAAAGAACUUGCCGAAGUAUUGAAAGAAAAUCUCAAACUAUACAAUGGCAUUUCUGAUGAAAGCCUAGAAUAUCUCAGUUUGCUUAGAGAUUUACCCGACGUACAAUACAUCAAGGGCACAAAUUAUUUAGAAUUUCUAGAACUUCUCCUUCAUCUCGAAGAAUAUUACAGUAAAGAAUCUGCUGUCCAGAUAUUUCGGGACAAAAUCAAUCGAACAGAAUCUUUUCUACAUUCUGAUCGGGUUGACAUUAGAAUUCCUUUAAAACUUUUGAAUAAAAAUUUAAAAGAUUCUUUAAAGCCCAAUAACAUCAUAGAAGUUCAAGAACUUGAAAGUCCUACAAAAUACAAUUCAGUAAUAACGGAGGUGGGUCUGAAACAGAAUAUCGUGAACGUGGAAGCAACAUCUAGUUUCGUGAACAUUUAUCAAGAAGAAUCGGAAUAUAUCGUCAAGUUGAACAUUUCAAAUUGGCCAAUUCGCGUGUGUCAUUAUGCGAUCAGUUUACUAGAUGAAUCCAAAUUGUCUUCGCUUUUGAAUCCAACCCCGAGGGAACUUUGCAGAGAACCGUUUCCAGUUUUGUUCUGGUUCAACAAAAAUAUAAAAAGGAAUCCUGAACAGAUGCAAGCUGUUCAAAGAAUUUUGGAUCAAACAGCACGUCCUUCUCCUUAUCUGGUUUUCGGCCCCCCCGGAACUGGAAAAACUGUCACAAUUGUAGAGGCAAUUUCACAGAUUACAAAAAAUUUGAAGAAAACUGUUCUAGUUUGCACGCCAUCAAACGCAGCAGCGGAUGAAAUAACAAAGCGAUUGUUGCCCAAUAUUGAACAGGAAUUAAUCUGCCGAUUAAACAGUCGAUCCAGGGAUAGGAGGGACAUAGACACAAGUAUUCAUUGCUGUUCCUACAGCCUUUUAUCAAGGUGUAUGAUUUGGUCAAAGAGUGUUUUCAUAACGACUCUCGUUGGUUGCACAAGUUAUAUAUUUAUUGAUGAAGCCGGGCAAGCAACUCAGCCUGAAACUCUAAUUCCUUUAGGAUUAGCAAGGCUAAAUGACGAUGCAAACUGUGCACAACUCGUCUUGUCUGGAGAUCCAAAGCAGUUGGGGCCUGUUGUAAAGACCAAAAUUGGUCAACAUCUACUUGGCGAAUCCAUGUUAGAACGAAUGAUGAACCGAGUAAAACUCUAUCAAAGAGAUAAGAAUGGGAAAUACAAUCCAAACUUUUUAACGAAACUGGUAAAGAAUUUUCGAAAUCACGAAGCAAUUCUUCGUAUCCCCAACCAAUUGUUUUACGAGAACGAACUCGUAUCUUUUGGAGGCGAAGAAAUCUUCAGAUCAAAAAACUGGUCAAAAUUACCGAAUAAAAAGUUUCCUAUUAUUUUUCACGCCGUUCAUGGAACCGAAAAAAAAUUAGUGGGUUCCACCAGUGCUUGCAAUCAAUUAGAGGUGGAAAUUGUGGUCAAGUACGUGAGUGCAUUGUUGGGUGAAAGAAUGGGCGAACGUGAAAUCGAGGAAACGGAUAUAGGAAUCGUCUCUCCAUUCAAAUCGCAGGAUAUGGAAAGUAAGCUAGCGACCGAAGUAGUAGGAGGAGUAAGGGUGGUGAGGGUCAGGAUAUGGCCAUUCGUAUAUGCAAAUGACAUCCUGCUGUACGCAAAAAGCGAGAAGGCUUCAAAAGAGAUGAUGAAAAGGUUGAGAAGAUACCUCCAUAAGAAUAGGCUUUUUAAAUACGGAACUGUAAGGGAAAGACGGUUCAGGAGGUGA